UGCUCCAAGGUACGAUCUCUUCGGGAGCCUCAACACCCAGAUUUUCCUUCCACGCCAGAAUUCCACCCGUCGUGACUCGCACACGCACCCCUACGGCCUCACCCAAUUCAGCCGCCGCAUAACUAUGGCUAGACAUACAUCGCUGGACUCCGAAAGACCCAUCAUGACUCAGUCCGCUCGUACAUCGAAGAGAUUCUCCACCGUCAGUGGAAGCCCCUCGGUCGCCUCAUCGGAAGGCACCUUCGCGGGUCUGCCGGCCGGCGACCCCAGACUCGCCGAUUUCCACAAUCUCCGCGACGGCCUGGAGCGCCUGGAAAACAAGCCCCUCUUGAAGCAACGUUUCGUUCCUACCCCGGAGAAGACCGAUGACUUGAGCAAGCUGGCUCUUGGCGCAAAGGUGGAGCGCGCCCUGGGACGCAGAAUGACCGGCCAGGACGCUGUCAUGCGGGAACCCGUGUUGAACGAAAAGGCGACGGUGGAGUCCACAGCAUCCCCAUGAACGGACUGAAAGCUGCAAUUGAUACCUUUUUGAAUUUCUUUUCUUCUCGCCCUCUUAUACUCUCUCUCCCUCUAUGGUCAUCCGCUUCAAUGUUUAAGUGCGUUAUUUUUUUUUUGUU